CACUUUUACAUUUGAUAGAGCAGCUUCACUCGAAGAGCGAUACAACGACAGUAUGGAGGGUGAAACAAAAGAUACUUGAUAGCUGCAACGACAUAAUUUUUAUGACAUAACGUGUUGAUUCUGCAUCUGCUGCUUUAGCUUUUCGCGUGUAGACAUCAUGGGGAUCUUCUGUAAUCGGGAGAUUCUGACUUCUCUGCCCUGCGCAGCUCGACCUGCGAGCCUAAUCGACGUCAGCAAGGCCACAUAAUUUGAGCAAGAAUGAGAAAGUGGUCAAGGCAUUUUGAUACCGAGCAUGAGAACUCAAAAAUGAGAAUGACAUCGUUGUGAUCAACGUGUAUUUUUUUGUUGCUGCAUAACACAGAAUAAGUUCCCGCCCACUCAUCUUCCCGGCCUAGAACGAGCGAAUCGCAAAACCAACAACAGGACGGAACUCAACCCACCAGACGAUGCUUUCUACAGUGUGAGGAACAACAGCUAGGUGGAGGCAUUCUCUUCUGAAAAAAAGGAUGUUGAACUUCUGUUGACGAGGUGUAAGUUGUAACUGGGGCCGUGGUUGAAGCAAUAAUGGUGCACAGCAGAAUUUUUUCCAUUUUGAAUUUGAAAUAAAAGAGUAAUAUUUGAAAUUUUGCUCCUUUGACACAUCAGAACUACUACUAGAAACAAAUGUUGAAAUUCAACCUGUAAGAUAGAAAGAAGAAAACAAAGAAUACAGAUUUUGCUACAAGAACGCGCCUGCAGGUGCAUAUAGAAAAAGACGGAACAAGCUACAGUUUCAGUAUGAUGCUAUUUACUCCCUUGUUUGAACUUAGCCUCGAUUUUCAAGUCUCCUCCGAUAAUGAAAUGCUCCGACAACUUCGACUCAACUAAAUGAAACUUUACAGAUGAACAAUGUUUCUACUUCUUCCAGUUUGAGGAAAUAAUUGAAGGCAAGGGUUGUUGCUGUACGGAAAAAAAACGCAGAAAAUCGAAAACAGCCUUAUUUUUG